AUGGAUUUUGCCGCUGACAAUGAAGCCACGUCGGGAGGCGGCCUCCGGCGCGGGGCUGAGGGGGCGCGGCUGCCGCUCGAGGCCGGUGGUGGAGCGGCGGCGAAGGGGCUGACCGGAGCGGAGCACACCGCGGGUGGAGGAGAAGGGACUCCGCCGGGGGCGGAGGAGGAAACGCCGGCGUUUCUAGCGGCUGUGAAGCUAGAGAACACGGACUGGCCGGAGGCGGAGGGAGGUAUGCUGGGGGGCCGGCCGAUAAAGCAGGAGGCGGAGGACGGGCCUGAGGUGAAGGAGGAGAAGCCGGACCCCGUGGAGGUGAAGCUGGAGGUGAAGCAGGAGGCAGAGGGCGGUUGGGCGGUAAAAGAAGAGAAGGUGGAGGAGGAUGGGCCAGAGAUCAAGGAGGAGAAGGUGAAGGAUGGGCCAGAGAUCAAGGAGGAGAAGGUGGAGGAGGAUGGGCCAGAGAUAAAGGAGGAGAAGGUGGAGAUUGGGCCAGAGAUCAAGGAGGAGAAGGUGAAGGAUGGGCCAGAGAUCAAGGAGGAGAAGGUGGAGGCUGGGCCAGAGAUCAAGGAGGAGAAAGUGAAGGUGAAGGAGGAGGUGAUGGACUGGCCGGACGUGAAGGAAGAGGGGAAAGACCCCUUGGAGAUAAAACAGGAGGAAGAGAUGGUGUUGUUCACCCAGAACAUAAAGGAAGAAGUGAUGGAUGAAGCGUAUGUAAAAGAAGAGUGUUUCCCGAAGGAAGAAAUACUGGAGGACACCAAGGUGAAAGAAGAGCCCCCGAUCAAUUGCCCCGUGGGCUCGAAGCGGAAACUGGCCAUGACAAGAUGUGAAACUUGUGGUACAGAAGAAGCCAAGUACAGAUGUCCACGUUGUAUGCGGCAUUCUUGCAGUUUGCCCUGUGUAAAGAAACACAAAGCAGAACUGACAUGUAAUGGAGUUCGAGAUAAAACUGCCUAUGUUUCAUUACAACAGUUUACUGAAAUGGAUCUCCUAAGUGAUUAUCGAUUUUUGGAAGAUGUGGCAAGAACAGCAGACCAUAUUUCCAGAGAUGCUUUAUUGAAAAGAUCAUUAAGCAAUAAACAUAUGUGUUUUUUGAAAAAUCGUGCCCGAAGGCAAGGUAUUAACUUAAAACUUCUACCCAAUGGUUUCACCAAGAGGAAAGAAAAUUCAACAUUUUUCGAUAAGAAAAAACAACAGUUUUGUUGGCAUGUGAAGCUCCAGUUUCCUCAGAGUCAAGCUGUUUACAUAGAAAAAAGAGUACCGGAUAAUAAAACUAUUAAUGAAAUCUUAGCAACUUACAUUGACCCAGAAAAAUCUGAUCCUGUAAUUCGUCAAAGAUUGAAAGCUUACAUUCGCUCUCAGACUGGGGUCCAAAUUUUAAUGAAGGUCGAAAAUAUGCAGCAAAAUUUAGUAAGAUAUUAUGAACUGGAUCCUCACAAGAGUCUCCUUGACAAUUUGAGGAACAAAGUGAUCAUUGAAUACCCAACAUUACAUGUGGUAUUAAAAGAAUCCAGUAAAGACAUGAACAUUCUUCACGAAGUGAAAAGUGAAUCUACCAAGAACAUUGGCAAUGAAAAUUGA